GAGGGCGGUCACAGACGCACCUGCGCGCUGGUUUUCGGUCUCCGGGCGGUUUGGGCGUUUUCUUUCUCACCUGUGAGUGGCGGGUUUAUUUAGUUUAUUUUAUUUAUUUAUUUUUGUUGUUGGAGGAGACUGAGGUUUUGUCCGCAGCGCACCGUGGAUGAAGACCCACUCGUCGGUUCCUUCAUGGCAAAACGACCCCACAGCGCGUGCCCAGCAUGGCUGCGGCUCCUGCACCGACCACCCAGGGACCGGUAUGGCUUUUAGCCGCAUCCGUAAACUGGACCCCCCGUCCCGAGGCGUCUUCCGGAAAGCGGCGGUCAUGCUGUGCUCCCUGCUCACCUGUCUCUUCCUCCUGCACUGCCUGGCGGACCGCUGCGGCACCUCGCCGGUCAGGGCGACCUCCGGCCGCGCCGCGGGGCUCCCGGAGCGGACUAAGCGGCUGGCGUACGAGCGCACCGAGGAGUCCUUCAUCCUGGCGCCGCCGGAUUUAGUCGCCGGGAGAGCGUCGCGCAGGUUCGCAGGUAAGCUCAGUCCGCUCGGCGAGGGGAGCAAGAAGCUGCCGCAGGCGCUCAUCAUCGGGGUGAAGAAAGGAGGCACCCGGGCUCUGCUGGAGUUCCUCCGGGUCCACCCGGACAUCAGGGCCGUGGGAGCGGAGCCGCACUUCUUCGACCGCAACUACGAGAACGGGCUGGAGUGGUACAGGGAGCUGAUGCCCAAAACUCUGGAGGGCCAGAUCACCAUGGAGAAAACCCCCAGCUACUUUGUGACCAGAGAGGCUCCGGCCCGGAUAGCCGCCAUGUCCCGGGACACCAAGCUGAUCGUGGUGGUGAGGGACCCCGUCACCAGGGCCAUCUCGGACUACACGCAGACGCUGUCCAAGAAGCCCGACAUUCCCUCCUUCGAGAGCCUCACCUUCAAAAACAGGACUACGGGGCUCAUCGACACGUCGUGGAGCGCCGUGCAGAUCGGCAUCUACGCCAAGCACCUGGACAACUGGCUGCAGUACUUCCCCAUGGAGCAGAUCCUGUUUGUGAGCGGCGAGCGGCUGAUCAGCGACCCGGCCGGAGAGCUGGGCCGCGUGCAGGACUUCCUGGGCCUCAAGAGGAUCAUCACGGACAAACACUUUUACUUCAACCAGACCAAGGGUUUCCCGUGCCUCAAGAAAGCCGAGGGCAGCAGCAAGCCCCACUGCCUGGGCAAAACCAAAGGGCGGACCCACCCCAACAUCGACCCCGAGGUGGUGCAGAGGCUACGGGACUUCUACAGGCCCUUCAACAUGAAGUUCUACCAGAUGACUGGGCGCUUUUUCGGCUGGGAUGACUGAAUGUGUUUUUCACUGAGGACUGUCGGAGUAUUAGGAGCACUUUACGGGCUGGAGGAGGGGGGGAUAUUUAUGGCAAAGUUAUAAUUUUACAAGAAAGUCUAAUAUGACAAUUUUAAACAAAUGAACAUAAAAAACGACUAUGCACAAAUGAUGUUUUGGCAAGCAAAAAUAUGUAUAGUAUUUAUGGACACAGGCUAAGAUAUGCACAUCUAAUGCAUGUGGUCACUUUGGUUAUUCCUCAAAUAAUGACCUUUCAGCAUUAGAGUUCAAACGUAUUGUAUUUGAUUAUUUUUCUUACUUAUAAAAUUAAUAUGAUUUCUAAAUACCUCACCUCAUACUUAUGAGAUUUAAGUAUUCAAUGGAGAUUUUAUUCAAAUGUAGAUCAUAUAAUAUAUAAAUAUAUAUUCAAGAAUAUAACAGCCGAAAUGUUGCGGUCCAGUAAUGUAAAGUAUACUUAAAAUGUUUCUUUGCCAAAAUAUAUGACAUUGUCAUUUUCAAUACUUGCUAUAUUAGUAUUUUCCUGAAAUAAUUCUGACUUCGAUGGCCGAACUAGUGCUCCUCGUACUCCGUCCUCAGCACUAACCGAAGCAAUAUGUGGCUGUUACAGAAUCUCCACAGAUAUGCAAUAUUUCCCUGUUUUAUGUUUCAUCGUCAGAGCUGCCUCUAACCCACAAUCAUGGGGAUGUUUUAUUCUGAAAACACAUUGAGUUGUUCAAAGGAUUUGGGUUGUAUCUGAAGUGAAGUGCUUCUUUAAGAAGAUGGGCGAAAUGACAUUGUGUCCACGGGCUUUUGAUAAAAAAAGCAGCGUUGUAAUGCCAUAUUUUAAACAUAACUGCUUUCAAAUUUGAACAUUUUUACUAGAAAAAAUAUGAAAAUAACAUGUAUUUUUGAAAUGUAUUUAUUCGAGAAGUACGAGCACCACACUAAGAAAGCGUUUGUGACCGCAUCGAUCUGCUCGGCAUUGUGGGAACUCGUCCCCACGCGGCUGCAUCUCUGGCUGAUAUUCAAGCGAUUACAGCGACUCCGGUUUCCUCAACAUGAACGGAACGCACUCGAUGACGGCGCCCGCCUCGGGCCUCCAGGCGAUGUGUGCGCGAGAACAAUGGCCGCGCUGUGUUCCUAAUUUCUGUUUACCCGUAUUGUGAGCCACGUUUCUGGAAGCAGAUGUGCCUCAAAGGACUCGAAACCAUGUUGUGUUUUGGUGUGAGCAUCGGAGAAGAGGCUAGUAUAGACUUUGGGGCGGGUUGUAUUACCAAUCUAAUCGUGCUGUUCUGACUGUUGUUUUCUUAAGAAUGGGAUUUUUAAGGCACUCGUCGAAUAAAAACAGAUGCUAUAUGUAAAAUGUAA